CACUCUUUUUCCUGGGACUUUGGGAGAAAGAGCCAAAGGAGAUUUCCCGGCCUUUCUGGUUAUUUGCUUCUCUCUGACAGAUUUGGAGCUUUGCUCUGAAGACCUUUGAAAGCUGUUAAUAAUAUCCCUCUUAAAGACUAUACAACUUUACCAAUUCAUCUUGAGAUUUAUAAUAGAUUAGGGAAAUCCUAAAGUCCCUCUCUCCCAUCCAGAUUCCCUUUACCCCUCCUUCCUUUAAAAUAAAUCCCCCUUUCUAGUAUUUUAGAGAGUGAGUUAUCUGUUAAAAUGUCCGUCAACUUACCCAUUCUGAUCCCAGCUUGAUUUCCAACUGAAAAAGAGCCGAAGUUGGUGGGGGAGGAGGAGGGAAAGAAUUCUGUCUCCCCAUUACCUUAUUGCUCGGUGUGUUUGCCCAGCACCUCCAAUGACCAUAAACAACCCAGCAAAGGAGCCACCUAAUACAGGUGGAACAAAGAACAGACCCCGCCCUUGAGGAGCUCAUGCCUUAGGCAGGAGUGGAGUGGACCAAAUCCCACGUUCUCCUGGAAGUGAAUCAGUAUCUUUUAUAAGAGGACACAGCGGAGCUGACGUCAUUCCAGCCCAGAGGUCUCCCCUCAGCAGGGAGACGACUGAGGAAGGAGGGAGAGCGGCAGAAAGCGAGUUCUGCCCUAGACAUGGACAUGGAAAAGGCUCGUGGAAGACCAUCCCGGGACGGGGGGGAGGGGAGUGAAGGGUCGGACGGCGCGCCUCUAGGGUAGGCUCUGUGUGACCACCAUAGGAGAGUGCAACCGGGGUCACUGGAGCAAGGGUGAGGCCAACGCUCCCUGAGACCUUCCCGGGGACCCCACACCAUCGGGUUCACCCAGGUGGACGCUGCUGCUCUGUCCUUCUACGGGGCCAGCGAGGAGCCCUUCCUUGGCAGCUCUGGCUCCCUCCAGGUACCCCAGGAUGAGGGAAGCCCCGGCUCUAGGCGCGGAGCCAGUGUGUGAAGAGUUUAGAAGGAGCAGGGUCUAGUCUCUAGGCUCCGCCCUGUUUGCACUUCUGUAGUGAAGGGGAGGAUCUGCUCCUGGGCAUGCGCACAGAAGCCUUUUUUUCGUCUGUAAUGUGUCCUCUCACGCCUUCGGUCACUUCCUCCUACGCGGCUUACGUCACUUCCGAUCGUGUUCCUUUCUCUGCACCGCCCUCAACGAUCUUUGCCCCAGUUUAAUCUGAGCUGCUUCCUUUCCUUCCUCAUUCGUAGCCUGGGACCUAGGUAGAGCCCUGCGGCCUCGUCUGGGCUCGGGAGUUGGAGCUGGGAGGAGCGUGAGCUGGGAAGACAUCUGCGCGUGCGCCGUCCACCUCUGCCCAUUCGUCGGGUCAGGGGCGUGUCCAGCAGUACAGAACAAGUCCCGGACGGCUCGAGAAGGCCAGCCGGGCCACUUUCUCCUUCUCCGACCCCCGGGAGCCUUUAUCCCCGGCGUGGUCCGGCUGUCCCCCGCCGUUUGCAGCCUUUGCACCCUUCCGCUCCCCAGAUCCGCCCUCCUCGAAGCCGGACCCGGAGCAGCAGGAAGACAUGGUGGGCCCCGAGCACCUGACUGCCUGGGCCCCGCAGGAAUUAGUAUCAUUCAGUGAUGUGGCUGUGGACUUUUCCUGGGAGGAAUGGGGGCAUCUGGCCCCUUCUCAGAAGGAGCUAUACCAAGAAGUGAUGUUGGAGAACUACAGGAAUCUUGUUGACCUGGGGUUUGCCAUUUCCAAACCAGAUGUGAUUUCCAAGUUGGAGCAAGGAAAAGCACCUUGGAUGCCAGAGGAAAAAGGCCUAAGAUGCGGAUGCACAACCUGGGAGAUGAGGCCUAAAAUUCCCAAGAUGGGCAUUUCUAUGGAUCUGUUAUCCCUGGAAAGACUCUCAAGUGAAGGCAUCUGUGACUCCAAAUUGGGAAAAUCAUGUGAAUGUACAGCCAGAUUAAAGAGGAAGCAGAACAAUGAAGAGAAACAUUUUCGAGUAAAAAUUAUCCAAAAGAACUCGUUGAAUGCAGUGAAGAGCAACAACUAUAACAAGUGGUUUGGUUUAUGGCCAGUCCAUUCUUCACACCAGGGAAAACAAAUAGGAAAAAGUCUCUACAAGUAUAAUAAAGAUCAAAAAAGCUACUCACUCAAUUCAGACCUAAGAAGAAACAGUGAUAUAUACUUAAAGAAGAUACUUUCCAAGCAUAAUGAAUAUGAAAAAUCUUUCAGCCAUAAUUCUACUUUUAUGGAAUAUCAAAGAAAUUGUACUGGAGAGAAACUUUGUGAAUUCGAUGAAUGUGGGAAAUCGAUAUGCCUUGAUUCAUCCAUUGCUUCAUAUCACAGGAUUCAUUCUGAAGAGAAACAGAAUAAAUCUGAUAAUUGUGGGGAAUGCUUCUCCCAGAGCCUACAACUUAUUGAUCAUCAGGUAACUCCUCCUGGAGAGAAAGCUUAUGAAUGUAAUGAAUGUGGAAAGACCUUUAGAUACAGCUCAUCCCUUACUUCUCAUCACAGAAUUCAUACAGGAGAGAAACCCUAUGAAUGUAAUGAAUGUGGGAAGACCUUUAGACACUGUUCAUCCCUUACUUCUCAUCACAGGAUUCAUACAGGAGAGAAACCUUAUGAAUGUAACGAAUGUGGGAAAACUUUUGGCCAAAGUAUACAACUUCUUGGACAUCGGAGAAUUCAUACUGGAGAGAAACCUUAUGAAUGUAAUUACUGUGGGAAGAACUUUAGACACAGCUCAUCCCUUAUUUCUCAUCACAGAAUUCAUACUGGAGAGAAACCCUAUGAAUGUAAUGAAUGCGGGAAGACCUUUAGACACUGUUCAUCUCUUACUUUCCACCUCAAGAUUCAUACUGGAGAGAAGCCAUAUGAAUGUCGUGAGUGUGGAAAGGCCUUCCGCCAAAGGUCACAUCUCACUUGUCAUCAGAGACUGCAUUUUGGAGAAAAACUUAGCAAAUAUAAUGAAAAUCAAAAGGAUUUUAGUCAUACACUUUGCUGAAAAUUCUAGAAUGCAUAUUAAAAAGAAACUGUAGAUGAAGCAAAUUCUUUAAAUUCCUAUAACCAUUCUAAAUCUUUUCUUCUCUAGUUUCCAGACAACUUCUACAUCCAGUGUCAAGACUUACUGCAGAUUUUUUCAGUGGGUGUGUGUAUAUAGUAGGAGGUCACUCCCUCAAUUUUCUUUCUUUUAUUAAAUAUAUAUGUAUAUAUAUAAAACAUGUCUUUAAUCAUGACCAGAGAGACAACAAUCACAGCCACCACACAGAGCAAACCACUCUCAGAUGAACCUUAUCUCAGGAAAGAUGCAAAUAAUGGGGAAAUCCCCCCUCAAAUUUAUUUCUAUGUCAUCAUUGCUCUCUUUUUUUCCCCCUUCUGGUCUUUUUGUGUCCUCAGAACUUAGUACAUUGCCACUGGCACACAGCAGGAGCAAGCCAAUUCCUUUUUUGGCAUCUUUGAUAUUCUGGCAUCCUUAAUGCUACCCUUCUCACUUGUUCCAGAUGUUAUUCAUAUUUCUUAAAUCCAGAGAGUAUAGAAAUAGAAGCCUAGAAGAUAUGAGUUCCAAUCCCAUUACUGACAUUUAUUUUAUUUGAAUGGAAAAGUUUUCUCAGUGGUAGAAUGGGAUUAAUAAUACCUGCAAAUGCAUAGAGUGACUAUGCAGAUCAAUUAAGUUAUAACCUAUAUGUAUAAUUAUUAUUUUAAAUUGAAAAGUUUAAAUUCCUUUUGAGAGUAAUUUUAGGUUAAGAAACAUGCUACCUCUCCAAAUCCAGAAAGUGAACUGUUUGGAGAACAGAUCCAGAGUGAACUUUGGGAUGUGGUGAUUUGAACUGUGUGGGGUUUGAAUGCAUUUGUUUUGAAUGUACAGUCAUGCCAAAGGGGACUGUCCCCUAACUGGCUUUUUGUCAAUGUACCUAGUAAUCAUUGGUUUUGUUCUUGUUUCCUUGUAUCCUCAAAUUAUUGUAAUUUCCUAGCUGGUAUGUGUAAACCUUAAAAUUUCUUAGACUUAUAAAUGUUGGAAAUUUCACCAUUGGGAAAUUUCAUACUUGAAAAAUUUCCUAUUGAGAGUGGGAACUCAUUGGAAUGUGAACCCCAUUGGCAUGGGAGGUUCCUCCUCCUCCCUUCUUAAGAUUACUUUAGGACAGAAACCUUUUGCUGAACAAUGGAAAGGGCUUUGGCCUAUGCUUAAACAUAGAACAGGAAGUUCUUUGAGUCAUGAUUGAUUUUAGAAUUGAUACAAUAGAGAUACUUGGAAUGACAGAACCAGGUCUUGGAAAUUACAAUCUCCACCCUACUCAGUCCUAACAGGAUUUAGGAAGAGCUGCAGCAUAGAUCAAAAUUUAAUUAUUCCAAUCUCUACCCUACUCAGGGUAACAGGAUUUAGGAAGGGCUGUAGCAAAAGAUCAAGAUUUAAUUAUUUGAGAAUAUGACCUUCAACAGACAUGUGCAAAGCCAGAGACCUCUGGGCGGACCUGGGUUAAGCUAGAGCCACCAUUGGCACAGGGAAAAUGAUGGACAGUGAUUGGUAGAUGUGAGAACUGAGGGGAGGGAACUUGGAUGGUUUCCUUAAAGAUAGAGGGGUCUGAGGACGGAGGGUUGGUUGGAGAGUUUUUUGGCUCUGAGAGGUUGUGCUGCUCUGAAGGAAGUUGGAGGUGGAGGCCGCUAAGACUGUUUCUCCAUUUUGGUCACGUGAGUAAUAGGGACUGAUCUCCUUUCUUUGCCUCAGCUAUCUAAGGGCUUGGGCCUUUUGGCCCAGCCUAAACAGAAGGGGUAUUUAAGCCCUAUUCCCUUCUCUCCCCUUUCUCUCUCCCUCUCUCUCUCUAUCUCUAAUACCUUUCUUCCUCCUGUUUGUAAUUAAACUCUAUAAAAGGUUGACUGCUGACUUGAGUUUUCAUUUAGGAAUUACGUAGCUGAAUUCCUUGGCAACCUUAAAUUAAUAUAUAUCAGUCUUUUAAAGUGAUUUCCUUGUCACAUAUGUUUACAAGAUCCGGUUGGGGGGGGGGGAGAAUGUAAAAAUGGAGAUUUUGAACUCUAGACUUCAAUCCCCAGAAGUCCUUGGUAUUUCCCAGAAUUCCCUAUAAUCUCACCUGAGUCUCCAUAUAGGCAAGAUCACAAUUGUAUUUAACUGGCAGUAACAUUGUAAUGAUGUAGCAAGUAUAGUGGUAAGCUAAGUGCGGGGAUUUUGAGUGAGCUAAUCAGCCAUGGGCAUGUGGUUUUAUUUUGUAUCUUCUUUAUUCCUUGAUUUCUAAUGAUCCUUAAUAAACCUCAUAAAAUAUAGUAUUUUAUUAGUGGAGAUAUAAUUUAAUUUUUACAUUUAUAAAAGUGAUUAGCUGACUUCAUUGUGUUAUGUGAAUACCAGCAGUUUUUAGUAAUAUUCCAACCAUUUCUCCUACAGCUUUCAUAGCUGGUUAAGCCAUGUGUAUGUGUUGUCUGCCUAUCAUAACCCUUUUUCUCUUCAGUCCUUGACACAUCCAGCUGCCAUGUCAGCUUUUCUCUCCUUUUCUGCUAAAUUUCUUGAAAAAACUAGCUGUACCUAUUGUUUCAAGUUCCUUAUUACCCCCCCCCCCAUUUUAGUGCCUUCCAGUGAAUGGUCAACUUCUUUGACUAGUCUUGCUCUAAAAAGGCUGUAAUCACUUCAUAAUGGACUUACUACAUCUUUUUCCUGAAUUUCUAGAUACAAUUGAACACCCUUCAGAUCCUUUCUAGAUAUUCCCUUUUCCUUUGUCUUCAAAGUCUCCCAGUUUUGGCUGUUCUAAGACACCACUGACAAGUUUUCUUUUUUUACUUUGGCUUUAUUAUUUUGUCUAUUGUGUUUUCUGGGAUCCAAUUUAGUUACAAGGCUUCGUGUAUGACUUCCAAGCAGCUCUGGCUUUACACUACCAUUAUCACUUGCCUGUUGUACAUCUGAUUUCUAUGUUGGCACCCUGUUUCACACUCUGUAUCUCAUGUUCAUAAUCUUGAUGUUCUUUUUAAUCCUUCUGUGUCUCUUGCCUACUCUUACUUACUAACAUCUACUGAAUAACUCUUACUUCUUUGUUUUCCUCUCUUUUCCCAAUAGCUAUCCUAAAUGCAAACCUUCAAGAAGACCUCUCUGGACCACUGCAGCAGCCCCAUUCCUUAUCUCCCUUUUCCCUUUGAUGCCCCCAACAUUAACAGAUUAAUCUUCCUUAGGAUCUAAUCAUGACUAAUUUGCUCAAAAAUCUUUGUCUUUCUCAAAUAUUUACAGAAUGAUUUUCAUACUCCUUUGACUAAGAUUUAAGUUCCUCCUGCAUCAGAUACUAUUUUCUGUCUUCCAGUCUUCAUGAUACAACCUCUGGAAAAUCUGUGGUACAACCCAACUUGGAUCAUUUUCAGUCUUAUUAAUAUAUCCUAUACCUUCCUACCUUUCCUUAGGAUAUUACCUUUGACUGGAAUGCCCCUUAUUGCUAUCUCCCCAAGAUUUUUAAAGCCAAACCACCAUAACUCUUUCCUGUAAACCCAGGGGUGGUGUACUUAUAUGUAAUUUGAGGACUUUUUUUCAUUGUUUUUUCUAACCAAAUUACUAGUUGAGUCAUUAAGUGCCUACUAUGUGCCAGGCAUUAUAUUAAGUGUUUGCUGCCAGCAUAAUAAAAAAGAAUUCAGAAUAGCUUUUUUUUUUUCCCAUCAUGUCCCCCCAGUAAAUGAAUGUCUAUUUAAUUUUAAGGUUGUAUUGGUGCCUUUUAUUAUUAUUAUUUUUAAAUUAGUUUUCUUAUACAUUAUUUUCUAGUUAAUGUAAUUUCUAUGGAUUCCAGGCUCUUUGAGGGCAGAGACUAUGUGUUAUUGAAGCUUUUUACUUUUACAAUAAUCAGUUCUGUGAUCUUAGCAGAUGGCAUCUUUUUUUCCCUCAAGUACCACCCAUCUAUUUUUUUUAAAUUUAAUUUAUUUAGUCAAUUUAGAAGAUUUUUCCUUGGUUACAAGAAUCAUAUUAUUUCCCUCCCUCCCCUCCCCCCACCCUUUCUGUAACUGAUGUGCAAUUUCACUGGGUAUUACAUGUGUCCUUGAUUAAAACCUAUUUCCAUGUUGUUGGUGUUUGCAUUAGGAUGUUCAUUUAGAGUCUACAUCCCUAGCCAUUUCCCCUCAACCCAUGUAUUCAAGCAGUUGUUUUUCUUCUGUGUUUCUGCUCCCACAGUUUUUCCUCUGAAUGUGGAUGGUGUUUUUUCUCGUAGAUCCCUCCAAGUUGUUCAGGAUCACUGCAUUGCCACUAAUGGAGAAGUCCAUUACAUUCGAUUGUACCACAGGGUAUCAGUCUCUGUGUACAAUGUUCUUCUGGUUCUGUUCCUCUCACUCUGCAUCAAUUCCUGGAGGUUGUUCCAGUCUCCAUGGAAUUCUCUCUGAUUAUAAGAGAUGUAGAGCACUUUUUAGAACUGCCAAUUCAUGUCCCUUGCCCAUUUAUCAAUUGGAGAAUGGCUUGAUUUUUUGUACAAUUGAUGUAGCUCUUUGUAAAUUUGAGUAAUUAAACCUUUGUCAGAGGUUUUUGUUAUGAAAAUUGUUUCCCAAUUUGUUGCUUCCCUUCUGAUUUUAGUUACAUUGGUUUUGUUUGUACAAAAACUUUUUAAUUUGAUGUAUUCCAGAUUAUUUAUUUUACAUUUUGUGACUCUUUCUAAGUCUUGCUUGGUUUUAAAGCCUCUCCCUUCCCUUCUGACAUGUAUACUAUUCUGUGUUCACCUAAUUUUCUUAUAGUUUCCUUCUUUAUGUUCAAGUAAUUCACCCAUUUUGAAUUUAUCUUGGUGUAGGGUGUGAGGUGUUGAUCUAAACCUAAUCUUUCCCACACUGUCCUCCAAUUUUCCCAGCAGUUUUAGACCUAGUUUUAAUUGUGUGGAGAGUGUUUUGUAGUUGUGUUCAUAUAGUUCCUGUGUUUGUCUUGGCAGAUAGAUUCCUAAGUAUUUUAUUAUGUCUAGGAUGAUUUUAAAUGGAAUUUCUUUUUCUAAUUCUUGCUGCUGAGAUGUGUUGGAGAUAUAUAGAAAAGCUGAUGACUUAUGUGGGUUUAUUUUGUAUCCUGCAACUUUGCUAAAGUUGUUGAUUAUUUUGACUAGCUUUUUUGUUGAUUCUCUAGGAUUCUUUAAGUAGACCAUAUCAUCUGUAAAGAGUGAUAGCUUCAUCUCAUUGCCUAGUUUAAUACCUUCAAUUUCUUUUUCUUCUCUAAUUGCUACUUCUAGUGUUUCUAGUACAAUGUCAAAUAAUAGAGGUGAUAAUGGGCAUCCUUGUUUCACUCCUGAUCUUAUUGAAAAUGCAUCUAGUUUAUCCCCAUUGCAGAUGAUGUUGGCUGAUGAUUUUAGAUAUAUACUGUUUAUUAUUUUUAGGAAAGACCCUUCUAUUCCUAUGCUUUCUAGUGUUUUCAAUAGGAAUGAGUGUUGUAUUUUGUCAAAAGGCUUUUUCUGCAUAGCAGAUGGCAUCUUUUUUUUUUUUUAAACCCUCACCUUCUGUCUUGGAGUCAAUACUCUGUAUUGGCUCCAAGGCAGAAGAGUGGUAAGGGCUAGGCAAUGGGGGUCAAGUGACUUGCCCAGGGUCACACAGCUGGGAAGUGUUUAAGGCCAGAUUUGAACCUAGGACCUCCAGUCUCUAGGCCUGGCUCUCAAUCCACUGAGCUACCCAGCUUCCCCCAGCAGAUGGCAUCUUAUUGCAUUUGAGUAACUAGAUAAAAUUCCUUCUGGAAUUCUAAAAUUUCUGAAUUAGAAGGGACAUGGAGGCUAUUUAGUCUAAUUUAGAUCUGAAUUAGUACCACAUUGCAGUAUCCUUGACAAGAGGUUAUCCAGGAUCUACUUAAAGGCCUCUAGUGAGCUAUAACUCACAUUCUAUAUCUGGAAGAGCCCAAACAUUGGGAAGUUUUUCCUUCAUUGACUUGUAUAAGCCUCUUUGAGAUAUCCCCCAUUGUUGUUGGUACUUUGAAAUGAGCUCUAAUGUCUCUCCACUCCCCAACUCCCAAUUUUCUCCUGAAAAUUUAUAUUUCUUUCAAAUGGUCAUAAAAAGAUUUGUUCACAGCCCUUUUCUAGAGUCUCCUGGGUUUAUUAAUGCCCUUUUGAAAAUGUGGUCCCUAGUUAAAAUGCUCUUGAUCUAGUCUCAUAUCAGGACAGAGUACAAGACUAUCAUCACCUCUUUAUAUCUUCAAGUUAUUUUCUCAAUCUUAUUAGAUUUUAGCAUUUUGAAGUGCCAGAUCUGUUGUGAUACUAUUGACCCAUACUGAGCUUGCAAUCCAGCAAAAUCUUAACGUCCUGGGGCAACCAGGUAGCCCAUUAGAGUGCUAGACCUGGAAUUGGGGGGAACUAGAUGCAAAUGUGACCUCAGACACUUCCUAGGUGUGUGACUCUGUGCAAGUCUCUUAACCCUGAUUACCUAGCCCUUGCUGCUUUUCUAUCUUAGAAGUGAUACUAAGUAAGAAAGUAAUUAUUUUUUAAUCUUAAAAGUUCUUUUGAAAGCAAUGGCCAUCUAGCCAUGCCCCUUCCUCAUCUUGUGAAGUAAACAUGAAAUCAAAUCUAAGGAUAUACAUUUAUCCCCAUUAAGUUUCAGCUUUGUUGAUUUGAUGCACAAGGAAUCCAUCAGAAUCUUUUGGAAUCAAGACUUCCCAGGCCAGUGUGUUGUGUAAACCUUAAAAUUUCUUAGACUUAUGAAUGUUGGAAAUUUCCCCAUUGGGAAAUUUCAUACUUGAAAAAAUUUCCUACUGAUACUAAGAACUCUAUUGGAAUGUGAAACCCCUUGGCAUGGGAGGAUCCUUCUCCUCCCUACUUAAGACUACUUUAGGACAGAAACCUUUUGCUAAACAAUGGAAAGGGCUUUGACCUAUGCUUAAGCAUAGAACAGGAAGUUCUUUGAGUCAUGAUUGAUUUUAGAAUUGAUACAAUAGAGAUACUUGGAAUGACAGAACCAGGUCUUGGAACUUACAAUCUCCACCCUACUCAAGAGUAACAGGAUUUAGGAAGGGCUAUAGCAAAGAUCAAGAUUUAAUUAUUUGAGAAUAUGACCUUCAACAGACAUGUGCAAAGGAAACAGACCUCUGGGCAGUCCUGGGUUAAGCUAGAGCCACGAUUGGCACAGGGGAGACAUCGACAGUGAUUGGUAGAUGUGAGAACUGAGGGGAGGGAACUUAGAUUGUUGACUUAAAGAUAGCGGGGUCUGAGGACGGAGGAGGAGUUUUUUGCUCUGAGGAGGUUUUGCUUGGAGGAGGUUUUGCUCUGAGAGGUUUUGCUCUGAAGGAGUCUGGGAGUGGAGGCCCCUGAGACUGUUUCUACAUUUUGGUCACGUGAGUGAUAGGGACUGAUCUCUUUUCUUUGCCUCAGCUAUCUAAGGGCUUGGGCCUUUUGGCCCAGCCUAAACAGAGGGGGUAUUUAAGUCCUAUUCCCUUCUCUCCCCUUUCUCUUUCUUUCUCUCUCUCUCUCUCUCUCUAAUACCUUUCGUCCUCCUGUUUGUAAUUAAAAACUCCAAAAGGUUGA